GUAUUCAUACGUCAAACCCUAAUCAUAAGUCCUUGAAUAGAAAAAUCAUAAUGGGGUUGAAAUUUAUGCAUACACCUUUUUAAGCACUUCAUUUAAUAGGGUUUGCAUUCCUUCUUUCUCUUUAGGACAACAAAUUAAAGCUUCAUUUCAUUUCAUUUAUAUACAUACUCAUAUAGUCAUAUUAAUUUAACUCAUGCCAUCAUGGACAUCAACCACAUAAACAACAAUCGCCAUGGCAACAACAACUCCACCAUCACCAAUUGGGAGAAAGGUCUAAGUACCAUUACCAUCAACAACAUGGAAGAAGAUCAUCAUCGUCGUCAUCGUCAUCAUCAUCCACAUCCACAUCCACAUCAACAACACCAAAACCACCAUGUUCAUCCCUUACUUGAUCCGGUAUGGCCUACCUACAAUAAUCUUCCUACACCACACCCAUCUCCACCUUCCAUUAUUAUCCCACCUUCUAAUAAUAGUAAUAACACCUCAUCACUUAUCAUCAAGCCAACACCUUUACAAGAACAAGUAGUAUUGGAGGAAGAUGAUCACGAGUUUGAGGAAGAGGAAGAGCUAGGAGCUAUGAAAGAAAUGAUGUACCGGAUCGCGGUUAUGCAACCCGUGGAUAUUGACCCGGCUACCAUCCGUAAACCCAAGAGGAGGAAUGUCCGGAUCAGUAAUGACCCUCAAAGCGUGGCGGCUCGCCAUAGGAGAGAGAGGAUAUCCGAAAAGAUACGGGUCCUCCAACGUUUAGUACCCGGGGGUGUUAAAAUGGAUACUGCUUCUAUGCUUGAUGAAGCUAUCCGUUAUGUUAAGUUUCUUAAGAGGCAAAUUCGUCAACUCCAUCCUGCUGGAUCCUCCAAUAAUCACCACCCGCCACCAGUCCCCACCUUGUCGCCGUCCGACUGGCCUCCUCCUCCGCCACCCUCAGCCUCCAAAGCUGUGCUUAUUAGGAAUAAUCAUCACCAUAAUCACGAGGGGGUGAUUUUUCAACAUGGAGCAGGCAAGCAGCCCACGAGUCCACGACACUCACACUCUCACAGUAACAACCCCCAAUUCAAAUCUAAAACCCUAACUCUCCUCUCCCCUCCCCUCAGCUCCUCUCCUCUCCUCUCUUAUCGGUGGCUCGGGCUUCGGUCGAGGCGGCUGCGCAGCGGAAACCCGGGCAAGGUGGUCUGUGGACUGUGGUCACUGGUCAGCGCCGGCGGCAACUCGGGCAGUCGGCUACUCGGCUUCUCUCGUCUCCCCCCAAAGGAUGAAAGGUUCCGAGAAGCGAAGGAUCUUAGUCAUCUUUCUAUGAUGCUUGUUGAAACACAAAAGAAUGAAUCUCAUAAAUUAGUUUACAAGCUUUGGAAACUAGUAUUGAUCCUUCCGGUGGCAACGACAAGUGUGGAAAGAGUGUUCUCCUCAAUGACUUAUGUGAAGAACAAGUUGCGGAACAAGAUGGGUGAUCAACUCUUGAAUGAUAGUUUAGUAACAUUUAUUGAGAAAGAUCUUUGUUUUCUAGUUAAGGAUGAUGAUGUAAUAGAUCGCUUUCAAAAUAUGAAAACUCGUCGAGUUCAAUUGUAAUUUUUUUUAAUGUUAUUGUAAAAGAAUAUGGGCCCCACGAAUUAUUAGUUGUAAUUUGAAUUUUGGAUUUUUGGAUUAAUAUUUUAUUAUAUGCGUCAGAG